AUCGAUCAAACACAGAUAUUCUUCAAUAACAUUUGUUGCUUAGAAGUCGAUGCGGAAUUAUCAUUUUUGAUAUCUCAAAAAGCGCGUUCAGUGUUUUCAGUUUCUUCAGUACUAACAAUGAAUCUCUCGUGGCAAGUCGCGUUCAGCGCGCUGAUGGCUUGCGCCUGGGGGUCGGAUCUAACCUUCCCUCCUGGGUUCAAGUUCGGUGCUGCAUCAGCGGCAUACCAGAUUGAAGGCGGAUGGAAUGCAAGCGAUAAAGGAGAAAGCAUAUGGGAUCGUCUUGUCCAUGAAAAUCCUGAGAUGAUAGGGGAUCGCAGUAACGGAGACGUGGCCUGCGACUCUUACCAUCUCUGGCAGAGAGACAUAGAAAUUGCAUCAGAAAUCGGUCUACACUUCUAUCGAUUCUCUAUAGCGUGGACGAGAAUUCUACCAACCGGCUUCAGUGAUAAGAUCAGUGAAGACGGAAAGAAUUACUACAAUAGACUGAUUGAUGGGCUGUUGGAGAAAGGGAUCAAUCCAGUAAUUUCAAUUUACCACUGGGAUCUGCCGCAACAGUUGCAAGACUUGGGUGGCUGGGUAAAUCCUCUCAUAGUUGACUGGUUCUCUGAUUACGCAAGGGUCGUAUUCUCUCUAUACGCGGACAGAGUGAAGACCUGGAUCACCAUCAAUGAGCCUACUAUGAUCUGCGAUGAAUCUUACAACACUGGUUUCUUUGCCCCAGCGAUUUUGGAGCCCCAUAUAUCCCCCUAUGUAUGUGCAAAGAACGUUUUGCUUGCCCAUGCUAAGGCUUGGAGGAUUUACGACGAGGAAUACAGACCAAAGUACAACGGCGAAAUAACCUUAGCCAAUCAUUUGAUCUGGUAUGAACCUCUGGGUGAAGAAGACUUCGAACUCACUGAAUUAGUCCGGCAAAAUUUGGUUGGUCGAUACUCUCAUCCGGUUUAUUCAAAGGAGGGAGGUUGGCCGCCAUCGCUCGAAAAACACAUGGAAGAGGUCAGCAGACGGAAAGGUUUCCAGAGAUCAGUCCUGCCUCCUUUCACUCGAGAAGAGAUUGACUUAGUAAAAGGCACCUUCGAUUUCUACGCCAUGAACCAUUACACCAGUCGCCUAGUUCGGAAAGCUGAGCCAAGCGAACACAUCGGCUCGUUCCCAUUGAACGGAGCUCCUGAUCUAGAAGCUGUCUUCGAAAAAGACCCGAGUUGGAGCAUUACGACUUCCCAUUGGUUCUAUAUUAACCCCGAAGGUAUUCGACGGCAGCUGGCCUGGUUGAGGAAAGAGUACGGAGACAUCAAAUUCUGGAUCACAGAAAACGGCUUGUCGACUACCAGCGGCCUAGAAGACAGAGAACGAAUCGAAUUCUACAGGGAUUAUCUGAAAGAGGUGCUCCUGGCCAUCAACGAGGACGGUCAAAAAGUGACGGGUUACACAGCGUGGACUCUGAUGGAUAAUUUCGAGUGGAACGACGGUUACAAUUCGAAAUUCGGAUUAUACGAAGUGAACUUUACUUCCCCGAUGCGCACCAGAAGACAACGCGCCUCCGCCCGCUAUUACAAGCAGAUCAUCGACACACAUUCAGUACCAAAGAGUCCUUAUGACGACCUAUGAUCUCAUAGGCAUAGUGAUGAGCAAUAAUGGUCUUUCUUUUUUUGCCAAAAGACCAGCUGUACCCGAAUAAGACGUAGACGACGAAUACCGCCUGUGCGUGUGUGUGAAUAAACAAAAAAUAUAUAUAUAAAUACCGUCGAUAUAAUGAUUUAAUACAGGGGUUCCCAAACUUAUUUUGUCUAUUGACCACUUUGAGAAUAAAUUAUAUUUUAGCGCCCCAUUUUUUUCUUAACUUUUACUUAAAAACCACUCGAAGCGAGAGCUUAGUCGGUGUCUAUGCGUCCUCCUAAAUGAAAUUACAAAUCGCCUUACAAGCCUCUACACAACGCACCCUUUUUUUUCUGGGUCUCCUAGCGCCCCCCUUUAAGCCUGCAGCGCCCACAAGGGGGCGUUAUCGCCCACUUUGGGAAAGGCUGAUUUAAAUAAUUUGUCAUGAAUGGAACGUACUUUUGUUCGGGGAACAAAGAUAUUUAUUUUACAUUUCUAAUUUGUUUCACUAAAUAUAACACUGUGUAUAUAAAAAAAAAAGACAGUAAACUUUGUGACUGUUUAAAAAAUAGGAUCUAAAACAAGAAUAGGUAUUCUUGAAUAACGCAAAUCGGUUUUUAAUUAGUAUUUGGAUUGGAAUAAAAAUAAAGCAUUUUAUUAGUUAAA